CAGCCGAGGCUCCCCGCUGCGCCGCAGAGAUGCGGAGGUCGGUUCCCCACACGUCCAGAUGGGCCGAGCGGCGAUCCAAGCUGGUUUACGCGGUCCGCGCAGCCACGUUGGGGUCGUGGCGGAUGUUGACGCUGGGGGCGGAGUACGAGGACACCUGGGUCCAGUCACCUGACAGGAAAACUCCCAAACGGGUCGCAGAGGACCCGACCCCCACUGAGGACCCAGACACUUCCACUGUGGAGCCUCUGGAGCCGUCAUGGAGAGCCGUCCGUGAAGAAUCCGUCCAUGAAUGCGACACAACUUUUACCUGGGAUGGAGUGAGCGGCGGGGCAGCAGGUGACGGUGUCCGCUGGGCGGUGUGGAGGCACGACACCCUGAACGACUCCCCGCUCACACAAAGAAUGGCUCGCUUCGCAGACGAUCUACCCACCCGCUAUGGAGGGAGCGCGGGCGGCGGAGGGAGAGGCGCCCCGGGCGCCGGGAGAGGGGGCGCCCGGGGCGGCGGUGGCGGCGGGCAGAGGAUGUACAAGCAGUCCAUGGCCCAGAGAGCCAGAACCAUGGCCAUUUACAACCCGAACCCCGUCAAACAGAACUGCCUCACGGUCAACCGCUCCCUGUUCAUCUUCCGUGAGGACAACCUCAUCAGGAAGUACGCAAAGCGGAUAACAGAGUGGCCUCCGUUUGAAUACAUGAUCCUGGCAACGAUUAUCGCCAACUGCAUCGUCUUGGCACUGGAGCAACAUCUACCCGCUAACGACAAGACUCCGAUGUCGGAACGCCUGGACGACACGGAGCCGUACUUUAUUGGAAUAUUCUGUUUCGAGGCGGCCAUUAAGAUCAUCGCCCUGGGCUUCGCGUUUCACAAAGGCUCGUACCUCCGCAACGGCUGGAAUGUAAUGGACUUCGUGGUCGUCCUCACAGGGAUCCUCGCCACCGUCGGUUCAGACUUCGACCUGCGAACGCUCCGCGCCGUCAGAGUGCUGAGGCCCCUCAAACUGGUGUCCGGGAUUCCCAGCCUCCAGGUUGUGCUGAAGUCCAUCAUGAAGGCCAUGGUUCCGCUGCUGCAGAUCGGCCUGCUGCUGUUCUUCGCCAUCGUCAUGUUCGCCAUCAUCGGGGUCGAGUUCUACAUGGGCAAGUUCCACCAGUCCUGCUUCAAGCCUGGAGAUCCUGUAGCUGAGAGAGUGGUGGACUGGCCGUGCGGGUCGGAGUCGCCUGCCAGAACCUGUCCCAACGGCACCGUGUGCCAGGAGUACUGGACCGGGCCCAACUUCGGCAUCACCAACUUCGACAACAUCCUGUUCGCCGUGCUGACCGUGUUCCAGUGCAUCACCAUGGAGGGCUGGGUGGACAUCCUGUACAGCACUAAUGAUGCAGUGGGAAACAACUGGAACUGGCUCUACUUCAUCCCUCUCAUCAUUAUUGGCUCCUUUUUCAUGCUCAACUUGGUGCUUGGUGUCCUGUCAGGAGAAUUUGCCAAGGAGAGAGAACGAGUGGAGAAGCGUCAGGAGUUCCUGAAGCUUCGGCGACAGCAGCAGAUCGAGCGGGAGCUCACCGGCUACCUGGAGUGGAUCUGCAAGGCGGAGGAGGUGUUGCUUGAAGAAGAAGAUGAGAUUGCAGAGGAGAAGGCCCCGAUGGACGGCGCCUGGUACAAGAGGAAACAAAACCUUUCAGUUCUGAAGCGAGGGAAAAUCAAGAAGGGUAAAAACGAUCUGAUUGGUGCAGAGGAGGGAGACGAUCCCUUUGCUGACAUGUCCUCUGUUGUUCCCCCCGGCUCCCCGUUCGGUCGGGCCAGUGUGAAAAGUGGCGGGAAGAUGGACAGCUCAUCUUACUUCCGGCGCAAAGAGAAACGCUUCCGGUUCUUCAUCCGGCGGAUGGUGAAAGCUCAGAGUUUCUACUGGAUCGUUCUGUGCCUGGUGGGCCUCAACACGCUGUGCGUGGCCAUUGUCCACUACGACCAGCCGGACUGGCUGACCAGAGCGCUCUACACAGCAGAGCUGGUGUUUCUGGGUUUGUUCCUGACGGAGAUGACCUUGAAGAUGUACGGCCUUGGAGUGAGAAAUUACUUCCACUCGUCCUUCAACUGCUUUGAUUUUGGGGUGAUCGUGGGAAGUAUUUUUGAGGUCAUCUGGGACAUGAUAAAACCAGGAGCAUCGUUUGGCAUCAGCGUGCUGAGGGCCCUGAGACUCCUCCGGAUUUUCAAAGUCACCAAAUACUGGAACUCGUUGAGGAAUCUCGUCGUUUCCCUUCUCAACUCCAUGAAGUCCAUCAUCAGCCUGCUCUUCCUCCUCUUCCUCUUCAUUGUGGUCUUCGCUUUGCUCGGCAUGCAGCUCUUCGGUGGACAGUUUAACUUUGAAGAUGAGACACCAACAACAAACUUUGAUACCUUCCCAGCAGCCAUCCUCACUGUGUUCCAGAUCCUGACCGGCGAGGACUGGAACGCCGUCAUGUACCAUGGCAUCGAGUCUCAGGGCGGCGUUCGGCGUGGGAUGUACUCCUCCAUCUACUUCAUCGUCCUCACGCUCUUUGGAAACUACACUUUGCUAAACGUCUUCUUGGCCAUCGCUGUUGAUAACCUCGCCAACGCCCAAGAGCUGACAAAGGAUGAAGAGGAGCAGGAGGAAGCAGCCAAUAAGAAGCUUGCUCUGCAGAAAGCUCUGGAAGUAAAAGAAGUCAGCCCGAUGUCAGCCGCCAACAUUUCCAUCGCUGCGAGUUAUACAGUCUACUGCUCCCCCACUCGACAUAUCUUGAAAUACAGCAAGGAGCAGCAGCGUUCUGCAAAGACCAUGUCGGUGUGGGAGCAGCGGACCAACCAGCUGAGGAAGCACAACAUGAAGACCAGCACCGAGGCGCUGUUCAACGAGCUGGACCCGGACGAGCUCCUCGCUGCCUCCAGCGCCCUCCACCUGCACCCCGACAUGAAGACGCACACCGACCGGCCGCUCGUCCUGGAGGACAAGAACGGCGACCAGCCCCGAGCCGGCGCGCCGGAGGAGGCGGCGGCGCCCGGCGUCAGGGACAGCUUCCACUCCAGGAGGCGCCACCACCACCGCGACCGGAACGGGGAUGGAGGCGACGGCCAGGGUGUCCGGCGCCACAGCCACCACGGCCGCAGCAGGGAACACAACGCCGACGCUGCCCAGGACAGAGAGAGGCUCCGCCCCCAAACCGGGUCACCGGAGGAGGAGAGAGGCCAUCGUCAUCACCGCUCCCGCCGCACGCCGAAGGAAGGAAACGGGCGACUGACGAACGGAGCGCAAGACGACGGGAAAGGGAGAGGAGACAACGGCAACGGGGAGAAGAAGCUGCGCUCCUCACGCAUCCAGAGGGACAAACAGGCAGAAACGGAGGACGACAGCCUUGCUGGGAGUCCGUUGCAGCUGAAGCGAAGCAGCUUGACGCCGAGUGAAAAACAGGAAGAUGCCGACAACCAGAAGAACUCGACCAGAGCCAGCCAGGCCGCCCUGAACAGCAACGCCGUCCACAUCCCCGUCACCAUCACCGCGCCGCCCGGAGAAACCACCAUCAUUCCCAUGAACAACAUCGAUUGUGGCAACUUCCAGCUCAGUGAGGAGAAGAAAGAUCUGGAAGAGGAGGAGGCCGCUAACGGGCCGCGGCAGAUUCUUCCCUACAGCUCUAUGUUCGUCUUCGGACAAACAAACCCGGUGCGGCGCCUGUGUCACUACGUGGUCAACCUGCGCUACUUUGAGAUGUGCAUCCUGAUUGUCAUCACCAUGAGCAGCAUCACGCUGGCCGCCGAGGACCCGGUGGAGGCCAACGCUGACCGCAACAUCGCUCUGAAAUACCUGGACUACGUCUUUACUGGAGUCUUCACGUUUGAGAUGGUGAUAAAGAUGAUCGACCUGGGCCUGCUCCUCCACCCCGGCUCGUAUUUCCGUGACCUUUGGAACAUCCUGGACUUCAUCGUGGUCAGCGGCGCUCUGGUGGCCUUCGCCUGCUCGAGCCUCAUGGGAUCACAACAAAGUGUGGCCAGAGGAACGAAGGGAAAAGACAUCAACACCAUCAAAUCCCUGCGAGUGCUGCGAGUUCUGCGACCUCUGAAGACCAUCAAGCGGCUGCCGAAGCUGAAGGCUGUGUUCGACUGCGUUGUGAACUCUCUGAAGAACGUCCUGAACAUCCUCAUCGUCUACAUCCUCUUUAUGUUCAUCUUCGCCGUUAUCGCCGUUCAGCUCUUCAAAGGCAAAUUCUUCUACUGCACUGACGAGUCCAAAGGUCUGGAGAAAGACUGCAGAGGUCAGUUUCUGGAGUACGAUCGUAAGGAAGUGACGGCUCAGCCCAGAGAGUGGAAGAAGUAUGAGUUUCACUAUGAUAAUGUUCUCUGGGCUUUCCUGACGCUGUUCACUGUCUCCACUGGAGAGGGCUGGCCACUGGUCCUGAAGCAUUCUGUGGACGCCACGUACGAAGACCAGGGCCCCAGCCCGGGUUUCCGCAUGGAGACGUCCAUCUUCUAUGUGGUCUACUUCGUGGUGUUUCCGUUCUUCUUCGUCAACAUUUUUGUAGCUUUGAUCAUCAUCACCUUCCAGGAGCAGGGAGAUAAGGCGAUGUCGGAGUGCAGCUUGGAGAAGAACGAGAGGGCCUGUAUCGACUUCGCCAUCAACGCCAGGCCGCUUACACGAUACAUGCCAGAGAACAAGCAGUCCUUCCAGUACAAGAUGUGGAAGUUCGUGGUGUCGUCACCUUUCGAGUACGCCAUCAUGACUUUAAUCGCCCUCAACACCGUCGUCCUGAUGAUGAAGUUCUACGAUGCUCCAGUGGUGUACGAGUCUAUGCUGAAAUACCUCAACAUCAUCUUCACUGGCCUCUUCACACUAGAGUGCAUCCUCAAGAUUAUUGCUUUCAAUCCACUGAACUACCUGAAGGAACCCUGGAAUGUGUUUGACUUUGUGACGGUGAUUGGGAGCAUCACAGACAUUUUGUUCACAGAGAUAAAUACGAACAAGAUGAUAAACCUGAGUUUUCUGAGGCUGUUCAGAGCUGCUCGCCUCAUCAAGCUGCUGCGCCAGGGCUACACCAUCCGCAUCCUGCUUUGGACCUUCGUUCAGUCCUUCAAGGCUCUGCCGUAUGUCUGCCUGCUGAUCGCCAUGUUGUUCUUCAUCUACGCCAUCAUUGGGAUGCAGGUGUUUGGGAACAUCGAGUUGAACGAAGAGACUUCCAUAAAUCACCACAACAACUUCCAGACCUUCUUCCAGGCCCUGACCCUCCUGUUCAGGAGUGCAACAGGCGAGGCGUGGCAUGAGAUCAUGCUGGCCUGCCUCAGUAACCGGCCGUGUGAUAAACUCUCGGGAAGUUCAGGGAAGGAGUGCGGCAGCGAUUUCGCCUACUUCUACUUCGUGUCCUUCAUCUUCCUCUGCUCCUUCCUGAUGUUGAAUCUGUUCGUUGCCGUCAUCAUGGACAACUUUGAGUAUCUAACUCGGGACGCCUCCAUCCUUGGGCCGCACCACCUGGACGAGUUCAUCCGCGUGUGGGCAGAGUACGACCCCGCCGCCUGUGGGAGGAUUUGCUAUCGGGACAUGUACAAAUUAUUGCGUUUAAUCUCGCCUCCCCUGGGCCUGGGGAAGAAGUGCCCCAACAGGGUGGCUUACAAGCGGCUGGUGAGGAUGAACAUGCCGAUCGCCGACGACAACACGGUCCAUUUCACCUCCACGCUGAUGGCUCUGAUCCGCACCGCGCUGGAGAUCAAGCUGGCGUCCGGCGUGCUGGCGCAGCGUCUGUGCGACGCCGACAUGAAGCGGGAGAUCCACCGCGUUUGGCCCAACCUGCAGCAGAAGACCGUCGACCUGCUGGUCACGCCUCAUAAGUACAACGAGCUGACUGUGGGGAAAGUUUAUGCUGCCCACAUGAUCUUUGACUACUACAAACAGAACCGAGCCAAGAAGCUCCAGCAGCAGAACCCAUCUGGGAUCUCUCAGAGUAAGCUGGGCGCUCUGUUCCGCCCAGUUCUGCCCUUCACUCAUCUACACGAGCCGGCGCCGCCGAUCAAACCGGCUCUGCCACCAGAACCGGAACCCAAAACACAAGCCCCGCCCACUUUCACCAGCAGCACCACCACCAAUGUGGACGCCAACAUGGAUGCCAUUGUCUCUGUUUCCCCUCCCAGUCUGAACCAGAGGACUUCCAUUAAACAUUCCCAGUCUGGAGAUUUCUCCCCAGUGACUGCGAGGCUGAAGCCGCGCCGGCGGCUGCAGAGAGGCCAGUCAGAGGACGUCCACUUCUGCAGCAGAGCUCAGGAGCGGCAGGCCGACCCGAAGCCGGAGAACAUGUCCGACUCAGAGGGCCGGCCCGGCCUGGAGGGCCACGCCAGAGCCGCAUCGCUGCCACGCCUAAACGCAGAAUACCACCGGAGCCACCCUCGCCACGCCCCCGGGACCCACCUGGCACCGAUCGUUGACCUCAGCCCAAUAAAACGCUCGGCGUCGUCGCUGACGCCCCAGCAGGUCGGGUUGAGGGAGUACGACCUGGAGCGGGUCGACCAGAGCCGGUUCUAUGCCGAACCGGGACCGGACCCGGACCCGGACCGGACCCACCACCAUCACCACCAUCACCGCUGCCACCGGCGCAGAGACAAGGACAGAGACAGGAGGCAGAAGUCUCUGGAUAAAACGUCCUCGGCGCCGCCGUCCGGCACAGUCGGUUCGUUUGAAGACCCAACAGCCGACGGUUUGUCCAGAGAGCGAGCGAGGGAGCGGGACCGCAGCCGCCCCCAUGAGAGGAGGCACCACUCCUCCGCCGGGGAGAAGCAGCGCUACUACUCCUGCGAGCGCUACGGCAGCAGGGAGCCGGGUCAGGCCCGGUCGGCCGGUCCGAGCCGGUCCACGUCUCCGGGAGAGAGCCAGGACUCUGGCCUCAUCAAACAGGGAAGCACUGUGACAAAGCCGCCAUCUGGUACCAGCGCUCAGGCCCGUGGGCGCCGCCAGCUCCCCCAGACGCCGCUCACGCCUCGGCCCGCUGUGGCCUACAAGACCCCCACCUCCUCAGCUGCUACGCCCAGCGCCUCCACGCCCGGGUCUCGCUUCGUCCGCGGCGCAUCGGAGCACGACCGCCUGCUAGCGGCUCACGAGGAGCCCAAAGCCCCGGUUGGUCCGGACUCUAACCCGAGCCGGCAGCAGCUGGACUCGUCCCUGCCGGAGGAGGGCGAGGACUUCCAGGACGCUGUGAGCAGCCAUGGGGGGGGACACUCCUCCAGAAGCGCCACUGCGCCACCCACCGCCGCCGCGCAGGGGCGGGCAGCGGGAGUACCGAACGGCUACCACUUCACCCUGGGGUCUGCGCCGGGCAGCAGCAGGGGAGCGGCGGGUCUCAGGGAGCGGGAGGAGGAGGACUGGUGCUAGCUGGGCGCUAAGCUUCACGGCUGAAACUGAAACGCUAAAAACGUGCUGCUGAGCGCCGAGGUCGGCUGGCUGGAGCCCGGUCGACUGGGACUGUGCUGCUGAAGGAGUUCACUGAUCAUUCACUGCCAAAACACCAAAUACUGUUGAGUAUUUUUGGUCCAGUUUCUACUGGAAAUAUCUUAGUACACUUGAAAUAAGACAAAACUAACUGACAAGUAACUUUUGAGCAAGAUAUAAGAGCUUGUUUUAGGUAAAAAAUCCCUUAAUAUGGACAAAGUACUGACUCCACUGUCUGAUUAUUUUAUAGAAUGGGAAAAAUGUCAUAAUCUUCCAAAUAAUACUUUUUUCAAUCAAUAUUAAAGGGGACAUAUUAUGCGAAAUUCACACUUUACACAUUUUUACAUUUCCAUUUGGGUUUCUGCUGCUUCUAAAAGCAAAACAAGCUCUUUAAAAAAAACACCC